CGCUGGUGUAAAUAAAAAAUAAAAAAAAAUUAUAUAUAUUUGGGUUGACCAACAAGAAAACUGCGUUUUAUCCCACAAACAAAAGUUACAUACUGCAGUUUAAACAAAUGAAGAAUACAUCCUAAAAAAGUUGCUAAUAAUGAAUUAAGUCGUCUUAUGAAUAAUCGAAUAUUAUUCGCUUAAUGUGGAUUAACGAUUAAACCGGAUUAAACAGAAAGUCAUUACACACUUAUACAUACAAACAAAGGUUUAAAUAUGCAUUCCGUGGGCAUACACUCAGCAAUGGCGAUUAAGCGCCAGCGAAAGCGUCGCGAUGAGCAGAAGAGAGCCAGAGAGAGACGUUAUAGUACUCAGAGCUCGGAGAGCGGGGAAACUUUUCAUUCGCCCAGUGGAUCGGUAAGACGUAAAUAUCAUCAUCCGCACCAUGCGGUCAAGGCAGGACCCGGAAUGUUAGACAGCCAGGUCGUAACAAGUAUUGGAAUGCUCCACAUUGGCAUUGUUUUCAUUGUAUUUGGAAUUUUUUUAUGUGGUGCUGGUAUCAUUCCGGAUGAAGCUAUGUCCUGGAAUGUAUUUAGCUCUAGCUCGGCGUGGUGGAAUGAGGUGACAUGCACUGGCCUCUUUUCGUUUGGAUUGGGCUUAUUUUUAUUGGUAUUGAACUGUUUGAUAAGCCGAAAGGAGGAAGAGGAUCUCGAAGACUAUGUUCAACGGCAGUUAACCAGAUCGCGUUCAGGCCAUCGUCUUGAGCGAGAUGUAGAAACUGGAGUGUUAACCACACGACAUGCUCGCAAAGCAGUUGCAUUGCAAAAAAACGGACGUAACGGCUCCGGUUCUGGAUCAGCCUCGCCCACGGAUGUUGCCGUCGUUCAUUGUGGCUCGGCGGAGAGCAUUUCGAAUGGUCAGAUCGUCGGUCGUAAUGGUCCAAAUAAUUCAGGCGAUAUUCUACUCGAGAAAAUUGUGGAGGAAGACACUCCUUAUUUAAAUGAUCAUAGUACGGGUAUAUCGCCAAUUGAGAUAGAAAAUGAUACAAAACAACUUCUAAGAAGGGAAUCAAUAACAGAUGCAAUCAACAUAACGCGCAUAUAAGAUUUAGAUAUUUCGUACUUAUAAAUGCUAUUUUUUCUAAUCAUUAAUGUUACUGUUUAAACAAUCCGCAACAAAUUUCCAAUAGCUAUAAGUAUAUAAAUACAUUAUGUAAUCUUUUUAACUAUUUUUUAAUAAU